AUGCAGGCCGAGCUGGCCGAGCUCAGGAAACUAGCUAAAGUUGCUCCGGAAGGGACUUCAGCCACGACGCCAGCUGUGCCUACUGUGGCUUCGGGACAGCAGAGUUCGCUCUCUGUGCCGCCUGCCUUUGCACCAACUCCGUCGUCCUCCUGCGCCGCGGCGACAAACAACCUGCAAGGCUUGUGCAUUACCGACAAGUCCAUCGACGAUGUGCACCUCACAGCCGCACAUGUCAAUGAACUGUUCCGGGUGUACUUCACCCGAUGUCAUCCUUACCUCCCCUUCACCAUGUGUCGAUCGAUCGAGUCGAUCUAUGACCGAUGUCCCAUGCUAUUCUGGGUGAUUUGUGCAGUGGCUUCGCCCGACACGGCGCGGCCGCGCUUUGAGGCGCCCAUCCGAGGGUUGAUGUUGGACGUGCUCGACCCGAGCAAGGAGAGCGGCGUGGAGAUGGUCCAGGCCAUCCUGAUCCUGUGCAUGUGGCCGUUCCCGUUCAACAGCCAGAAGGCCGACUCGUCCUUCAUCUACAGCGGCCUCGCGACCCAGAUCAGCCUGAGCCUGGGCCUGCACCGGCCGGCCCUGGAUGCCGGGUUCGGGAACGAGCCGACGGCCACUGAACGACAGGGCGACGAGGAGAUUCGACGUACAACAUGGCUUGCGUGCUUUGUCGUGGCGCAGAUCCAGGCCAGCAGGCGCGGCGUCCCCGCCACGGUCUCCGCAGACUAUUCCCUGCUAUCUUCCCUCGAUGACCCCGCUGUCCCGCAGGAGCUAUCUCACCUGUGCUACAUAUCCCAUCUAACCGUGGAUGCCACACAGGCGCUGGGCGCGCGCGGCUCCAACGCCACCGGCCUGGUCGAGCCGUCGAGCCGGAUCAGCAUGAUCAACGUGUUUGGCAAACAGUUCGAGGAUCUGCGCCGCCAGCGCUUCCCGCAGCCCACGGACAUUGUGGAGAUCUUCUACCUGAACUCGAGGUUGCAGCUGUGGUCGUUUGCCUUGCACAACGACGUCCCCGUGACGGCUAACAGCGUCCAGAUCAUCUACCAGGCCCGCGAGGACGCCAUCCGCCUCAUCCAGGUCGCGUGCGAGAAGAACCUGUCCCUUGUGCCCUUCUACACCCGCCGCUCCGUCUGUUACGCGGGGCUCCUCCUCUAUCGGAUCAAGCUGGGCUCGUACGGGUGCCAGGACGAUAUGAUCGAGCAUCAUAUCGACACCGCACGGCAGGCGUUGAGCACCUCCGAAGGCCCUGGUGGGCCGAGUGUCGGCCAGUUUCUGGCGACGGUCACAUUGCCCGAUAACAUGGAUGCGUUCACGCGGGCCAGCGGAGACAAGGACUCGCCGCACCGUUCGCGCAUGGGCGCAUUCCUCGUGUUUGACUUUCAUCGAGUCUAUACGGAUCUCCGACAGGCCAAUGUCUUUCCGUCGACCGAGUUUCUCGAUUUUGACAAUCUGCCCUGGAUGGAGUUUCAGUGA